GCUUCAGCCGCGGAGGGUGCAUCCGUGGCGUAGGGCUCCGGCGUGCGCUGGUGGUAGUUGACCGACGGCGACGACGCGAAACGGACAACGUAUUCGACGCGGUUACUUCACCGUGCGACGUAACGUCCGUCCACUCUCGCAGGGCCGACGGUCGUCGCGUAUUUAUCGAAUACGUAGCCGACCGCGGUUGCCGCGUUUUCACGCUCCGUUCCGACCGGACGGCUACCGGGUGUGAUACGUGCAACAGCGACACGGCGAUGGGAUCGUCGCUCGGUAUCGGUACCGGCAGAACCGACGCGUUAUCAUCCGUCGCGACGUUCGCUCAGCGUCACGCGACCGCCGUAAGCCACAGCAACCGAUAGACCGACGGACGGCCACGCGCUCGUUACGACUCGGGUCCGAGCGUCAUCACAUCGCCAACGCAACACGCCGGCCGGGCAGUUUAGUCGCACUGAUCCGCGGAGACACACACGCUUACGGCACCCCAACCGUGGCCAUGCACGCGGUCAACUCCUUCGCCGCCCGGGCUCAUUGAAGUCGGACGGCGAUCAUUAUUAUCGUUGCUGGCACGAGUGGUUGCAACGGCGGCGGCUCUGUAUCUAAUGGAUCUUGUCGAAGGUAUCGUCAAACGGGUGUCUCAUCGUUACCGGGUACGCCGUCGUAGUUAGAACAAGCGAUAACCGGAAGCGAACGACGACCAAAUGUUGUUGACCGCGGCACCGUGCCCGGUGCUCGUCGACAACCGCGCAGCCGCCGAGGUGACGCGGAACAGAUGUUCCGGCGGCCGGUGCGGAUACGGAGCGCGGACGUCUGCGUUCCACGGCGAUGACGACGGGACGACGGUGGUGUCGCACGGGGCGGCGAACGGUUACCAUCCGGUCCGUCGACGGGUCUUGGUGAUGAACGGCAACGGUGACGGCGACCCGUCACCCGAAGACCGUCACCGGUGGAACGAGCCGGUACCGCGGUCGUGCGAUCACACGAAACCGUUGGCAUCACCACCGCCGUCGCCGCCGACGCUACCGCAGCCGAACGACGAUCGCCACCAACACAUGAUGCACCACCAUGGCGGCCACCAGAACCAACACCAACAUCACAAUCACCACCAUUACCACGCGCACCGGGCGCACCGGCCGCGGCACCAUCAUCACACGCACCACCUGCACAUGUGGACCAGUAGCUGCUGCUGGUGGCUGCUGGUGUUGUACGCGGCCGUCGUGGUGAUCGCGUCCUUCGCCCGGGCCGCCCAUUCCGCCAAAGACGUACCAGUAUACCACGUAAGAGCAGUAGCGGGCCAGCAGGCUCGUUUGCCUUGUGAUAUUUCAUUGGUGUCGGACGAGGAGGAUGAUUUAUCAGACUCAGGAGUUGAUUCUCCUCCCCUUGACGGAGAAAGCUCGCUUGCAUCUGGGGCAAACUUACGUGACGCUGUUCUUCUGGUUUUAUGGUAUCGCGAUGACCUGGGAACACCAAUUUACAGUGUGGAUGCCAGGUCUUCUGCCACGCCCACUCAUCAGCAAUAUGACUCCACGUCGUAUCAUUUGAUGACAACAGGGGCAGAAAGAUGGUCAGACCAACGAAUAUUUGGUGAUAGAGCACAUUUUCAUGUUAAUGGAGAUACAACUGAAGGAGAGCUGAAAUCUAAAGUGAACAGUCAAAAGAAAUCAAUUGUGUCGACAUAUUAUUCAUCAGAAUUACGCAUUGACCGAGUUAGUGUAAAAGAUUCUAUUCACCUGUAUCGCUGUCGAGUUGAUUUCAGAUUGGCUCAGACUCGAAAUUCUAAAGUGAAUCUAACCGUAGUCGUUCCACCGGAUCGUAUGGAAAUUAUGGACUUGGCUACGGGUCGACAGCUAUUACGACGGCAAGACGGCGAUAGUGUUAAUAGUGAAAAUAAUCGAGGGUCAGAAACUACAACUACCACAACGGUCGUGGGACCUUAUGUUGAAGGGUCAGAUGUGAGAGUUCGUUGUCGCGUAUAUGGAGGUAAACCUAAACCUCGUGUAGCGUGGUUUCGGGAUAAUCAACUAUUAAUGCCUGAUGCAAGCGAUUUUGAUGAUGCUAGUGGCGUCCAACAACAAUAUGUCACUUCCUACGCAACAGCGACGGUCACUACAAGCUCAUCCACUUCUACAGGAGGUGAAAAAUCGGAAGGAGUCAUAGAAGUAGAUUUGACUCUGACAGGACUGACGCGUAGCGAUUUGCACACCGAGCUCACUUGUCGGGCGUGGAAUUACUUUUAUGACGACGAGGAAUACUCGAUUAUUGUUACUAACAGUGGUAGCAGUAAUAUCGACACAAAUAGCGGAAGAGAAAAAAUUGACGGCGAAAUCGAUCCCAGUCGCUGGACUCUGAGACAACGACAGUCUUCACUAACGGCGGUCGUUCAUGUGGAUAUGAACUUUCCUCCACUGACUGUUCAGAUCUUACCGAUUGUGGAAAAUGGUCAUUUUGGCGGUAUCAACGACGAUUUACAGUCACACCCGUUCAUCCAAUCUUCGGCAAAAAUUACACCCUUACCGUCACCUGAUGACGAAGAUAAUUUAUCCAUUCAUAGCAGUAAGAUUCAGGAGCAGCGACAGCUACAACCGUUGACGGCAGGAAGGAAAUACGAGUUACCAUGCAGGGCCUAUGGGUCACGACCACCAGCAAAGCUCACGUGGUGGAUGGAUGGUCGGCGGCUGGACACAACUCGCGAGACAACAUCGUCCGACGGAAACUCGACCACCAGUGUACUGACAUUCGUACCUGUUAAGCCGACCAAAUCGCGUUAUCAAGAAUCCGGCGAAGGAGGAGAGCCCAGGACGACUGACUAUGACGGCCGGUUAACCUGCAGGGCGGAAAACCCGCAGCAUCAACAGUCGACGUCCCAGCGAAAGCACACAAUAGUGGCCGGUAGCGAUCCGUCCGAUGGCGCCGGGACGCCGUUCAUACAAAGCACGUGGUUGUUACGAAUACAGUAUGUGCCCGAAACACAAAUCACAUUGGGUACUAACUUACGAGCGGACGACAUUCGUGAGGGUACAGAUGUGUAUUUUGAUUGCACCGUAGAUGCAGUGCCACCUGCGUACAAAGUCCAGUGGAAACGAGAUGGCAUGGAACUUCAUCACAAUGCUGGUGGUGGUGGAUCAAUAUCAGGCAGUGGAUCAACUACGACAAUAAUUAUUAGCAAUCAAUCGUUGGUGUUACAAGGAGUAAGUCGCCACGAGGCAGGUCAUUAUACAUGUGGUGCCGAAAACGCCGAAGGUCCUGGUCCUCACAGCAAACCAAUUUACCUCGAUGUACUUUACGCUCCGACGUGUAUGCCAAGUAACAGUGGUGGUGGUAGCAAAGCUGUACAACGAGUGGUCUACGGUGUGGCAAAAAAGGAAACAGUUACGAUCGCUUGUCAUGUACAGGCCAACCCCCCGCCAACGGAAUACCGUUGGUCGUUUAACAAUACAAUAUCGUCAAUAGCUACGAGUGGUGGAGCAGGAUCUAGUAGUAGCUCGUCGGGAUCAUUGAUCAAACAGCGGUUCAGCAGUAUUGGGAACUUGGCAGGUUCGGCUCUAAACUCGUCAAAAGUAUUGACGUACGCUCCACGAACAGAUUUCGAUUAUGGAACGGUCGAGUGUUGGGCUCGAAAUCGAGUUGGGAUGCAAUCGCACCCUUGCGUCUAUCACGUUAUUGCUGCAGGUCGUCCUGAUCGUGUUACGAACUGUACGGUAGUGAACUCCAGAGCUGCCUUGGGAUAUAAUAAUACGAGAAAAUCGAGGAGCUCCAGAAACUUAGCUUCUCAUAUAUUUAUUAGAUGUACCGAAGGAUACGACGGUGGUUUACCUCAACGUUUGUGGGCCGAAAUCAGAGAAGCUUCUAAGAUUCACCAUUCAGAUUUCGGUGGUGAUGAUUUGAGUGGAGAUUUAGUAUUAAAUGUUACAGGCAUUGAUGAACAAGAACAAGGUUUUUUAGAUUCGAAUGAAGAUGAAAAGAAAAAAUUAGGAAACGCAGCUUCUCCUCCGGUAAAAGUUUUUGUAGCUAGAGGAUUAAAACUAGGCUCGGUUUAUAGAGUUGAUGUGAUGGCUAGCAAUGCCAAAGGAAGAUCAGAACCAUUAACUUUAAUGGUAUCGAUCCCUAUGGGAAUUUCUGGAACCGAUUCUGACGAAUCAAAUCAAAAUGGAAUUUCGAAUACUAUGACCACAAUUGAAGGUCAAGAUCCCGAUAGGGCUCGAAAUUUAUUGUUGGAACAACAGCGAGAACAAGAACGUGACCGACAACUGCAAGAGAAUGGUGGCGGCGGCGGCGGCGUUGGAGAUUUCCACUUGACCCGUGCCAUGACCAUCGUGUUGCUGGUGGCCGGCUCGCUGAUGGUGGUUGCUUGCGGCGCGGCCACGUUUCUGCGGUACCGCAAGGACGACGACGAUGACGACGACCCAGAGCACGAGCACGGCCAGAACGACGGCGACCGGAUGGCGGCGGAGACGGACGCGGCGUGCACGAACAAAGCGAUGAUGACCGCGGAAGAACUGUCCCAGUCGACGACCGGCGGCGGCGGCGGCGGCGGUGUCGGACACCAGAACGACGACGGGGUGCCCAAUGUCGGCGGUAACAACGGCAAAACGGCCGCGGCGGACAAGGAACACCACGGCGGCGCGAGCGGACGCGCGGUCGUCGGCGUCCCGAGGAACGGCAACGUGGUGGGCCGCGGUGCUCCAGGACUGCCGGUCGGUGUGUCCUGUGACGGUGGCGGAAUGGACGUGCCCGGCGCACCGAUCACCGUUGUGCCGGUGCACGCGUCACCGUUGACGUCCGCCGUCCGCGGUCCGGCCUCGGCCAAUGGCAUAUACGUUGCCAAAUCGCUGCCGCAGAAGAUCUCGUUGGAACAGUCGGGCGGUCCGGCUGGCGGCCGUGCCCUGUCGCAGUCGUACCACAGGAAUCCGGACAUCAUACCGGCACCGCUCAUGUCACCGGUCGGCACCGUUUACAGUGGUUACAACACCAAAGAUCUUGGAGGCGACCAGGCGGACUCCAUGACUUUGAUAAUGGCCUCUUCUACGUCGUCGUCUCCGAUACACAAUCACCGUCAGCCAAAUCACCAGCACAACCGUUACAACAAUCUGGGCCAAUACCAUCAGGGCGUCAUGACGCUCCGCCGGCCCGUCAUGAUCAACAACCAAUAUUACGGUGGCGGUGGAGGUACCACGCAGAGAAACGCGUUGCAUCAACCUGACCCAAUCGUAAUGGUGAAAGACGCUUCGGUGGGAGCCACCGUCAAUUACCCCACCCCAACGUCCACCGCAGCGGCUUACUGCACCCUACCGCGUACCUCUUAUCACCAGCAUCACCACCAACAACAGCAGCAGCAGCAGCAGCAACACUGGCACCACCAACAACAGAAACAGCAACAGCAACAGAUGCAUCACCACCAACAGGCCGCCGACUUGGAGGUGGACGUCGUGGAACCACCACCGCCGCCUUGGCCACCACACAACAUCGCCGCCACUUACCCGACGGUGAUCUUGGUGCCGUCACCGCCGCUGCCGUCACCUCCGGUUCAGCAGCAGCACGCGGCGCCAGCAGUAGCCUCCAGUGUUUCCGGUUCCGCACCUCAAAUAGUUAACAAAAGGGAGAGCGCUGUAUGACGGCAGACAGACGUGUAAGGUCGAGAGAAUUGACAUUACGCAUUUUCAUUCGAGUGAAUUACAUGAAUAUAGAAAUAGAGAAAGAAAUAUAGAGAGAAAGAGAGACACACACAUACACACACACACAGAGAAAGGAAUUUUGUUAUUGGAUAUAGAAAAUAGUUGUAAAUUUGAAUUUUUCUCCCGAUUUGUUUAAAUAUUAUACGUAUUUUUAUUUAUUUUAUUAUUAUU